CGUCGUUUCAACAUUUGGUGAUACGUUUCAUGCCGUUACCGUAUAAGAUGCGAAUCAUUAUGUGCAGUAAGUGGUCUGUGAAGCGAGAUUGAUAGAAUAGGGUUCUUGGAUCGUGAUUGAUUACUUGUGAUUGAAGUUAGUAGUGGCAGAGAUGAUAAUGAGAAAGAACAUGGGUCGUGUAUCGCCUCUGCUUUUGGUCCUUCUAUCUCUCGGGUUUUCGUUCGCAACGUAUAACCUGGUGACAAUGAUAUUAAGCAAUAAGGCUUCGAGUUUGGGACGGGAGGCUAUCGAUUUGGUUGAUCAUGCCAAUGGGGUGGGCCGUGGGGGCAGGAAACUAGGAAGGGAGAACGAGAAUGUGAAGUUUCAUGUCGCUCUCACCGCAACCGAUACAGCAUACAGCCAAUGGCAGUCCCGGAUAAUGUAUUAUUGGUAUAACAAAGUCAAGGACAUGCCUGGAUCGGAUAUGGGGAAAUUCACUCGGGUUUUGCAUUCCGGAAAAGAUGACAAUUUGAUGGACGAGAUCCCUACUGUCGUCGUUGAUCCUCUCCCAGAGGGUUUAGACCGGGGUUACAUUGUCUUAAAUAGACCAUGGGCGUUUGUACAGUGGUUGGAAAAAGCAUCAAUCGAGGAAGAAUAUGUUCUGAUGGCAGAGCCGGACCACAUAUUUCUAAGGCCUUUGCCGAACUUGGCUCGAGGGGACCACCCCGCUGGAUUCCCCUUUUUCUACAUUAAGCCAGCUGAUCAUGAGCAGAUUAUCCGGAAGUUUUAUCCCGAGGAGAAGGGUCCUGUCACAAAUAUCGACCCGAUUGGCAACUCUCCCGUGAUUAUUAAGAAGUCCAUCCUCGAAGAGAUUUCGCCCACAUGGUUGAAUGUUUCCUUGAGGAUGAAAGAUGAUCCAGAAACAGACAAGGCAUUUGGAUGGGUUCUUGAGAUGUACGCGUACACCGUGGCAUCAGCCUUGCACGGUGUGCGUCAUAUACUUCGCGAAGAUUUCAUGUUACAGCCACCAUGGGAUGUGGAAACAGGGAAGAGCUUCAUCCUUCAUUAUACUUACGGGUGCGAUUACAAUUUAAAGGGUGAGUUGACAUAUGGGAGGGUUGGGGAAUGGCGUUUUGACAAGAGAGCUUUCCUUAGCGGACCGCCACCGAGAAAUCUCUCGCUGCCCCCUCCGGGAGUACCCGAGAGCGUGGUGAGGCUUGUGACAAUGGUCAAUGAAGCGACGACUAACAUCCCGAGGUGGGACACUCUGAACUGACAGCAACAAAGAUCAAAAAGGCGAUCUCACAAGUUAGAUAAGGAAACCACAGCUGGAAACAUUUCUCAGGGCAGAAGACAUAUUUGACAUUUUUUUUUUGUAAAUGAACACACAUUAUUACAUAUCUAACUUCUUUCUGCUUUUACUAGGAAAGCACAGCUAUUUUCUUCUGCAAACUCAGGAAAACGUUUAUGAUUAUUAUACAGAGUUCAACAUGCUUCAGAUC